CAACCUAUCUUGUUUACACGUUCAUUUCUUUGUCAUUUUCUGCUCGAAUUACUGUAUGGGUCGAUAUUAUUAUCUAAAACCCUGCUGGGCGGCCUUUGAAACAUGAAAUUUCUUAUGUUUAAUGGUUGUUUCAUAUAGCAAUUUCCAUUUCCCAUAUAGUUUUCUGACGCUUCUGGGUUGUUACUGGAAGGUAUCUCUUAGCAGGUAACAGGCAGAAAGCUCACUGAACUAGAAGAGCUUAACAGACCGAGUUCAUGUCUGGAAUACUUUCUUUUUCCUCAAUAGUUUUGCCCAAUUGGUGCACGAUUUCAAGGCGUGUUGUUAGAAUGGCUGCUGCUCAAACUGCAAAUGUUGGACUAUCUUUGGAAGCCAUGGCGAUUAAACCUCCUUCGCACCCUACUUAUGAUUUAAGGGACAUCAUUAACCUUGCCCUAGCUGAAGAUGCUGGAAAUCGAGGGGAUGUAACUUGUAUGGCCACCAUUCCAUUUGACAUGGAAGUGGAAGCCUAUUUUCUGGCAAAGGAGGAUGGUAUCAUUGCAGGAAUUGCACUUGCUGAGAUGGUGUUUCAAGAGGUUGAUCCUUCUUUGAAGGUGGAGUGGUCUCGAAAGGAUGGGGAUUAUGUUCACAAGGGACUGCAGUUUGGAAAAGUUUAUGGAAGAGCACACAGCAUUGUUGUAGCUGAAAGAAUAGCUCUGAACUUCAUGCAGCGGAUGAGUGGUAUAGCUACACUAACUAAGGCAAUGGCUGAUGCUGCGAAUCCUGCAUACAUCUUAGAGACAAGAAAAACAGCUCCAGGCUUACGUUUGGUGGACAAGUGGGCGGUACUAAUUGGUGGAGGAAAGAAUCAUAGGCUGGGUUUGUUUGAUAUGGUGUUGAUAAAGGAUAAUCAUAUAUCAAUAGCUGGGGGAAUCAGUAAUGCUGUUAGAUCUGUUGACCAGUAUCUAAAGCGAGAAACUCUUCAAAUGGAGGUUGAGGUUGAGACCCGGACACUUGAGGAAGUAAAGGAAGUAUUGCAGUAUGCAUCUCAAACGAAGACUUCCUUGACUCGGAUAAUGUUGGAUAAUAUGGUCAUUCCUCUUCCAAAUGGCGAUGUUGAUGUGUCUAUGCUUAAAGAAGCUGUGGAGCUAAUCAAUGGGAAAUUUGGGACAGAGGCAUCUGGCAAUGUUACUCUUGAAACCGUACAUAAAAUCGGAAAAACUGGAGUUACCUACAUAUCCAGUGGCGCACUCACACAUUCUGUGAGAGCACUCGAUAUAUCCCUCAAAAUUGAUACGGAGUUGGCUCUCGAAGUUGGGAGGCGAACAAAAAGGGCCUGAUGGGUUAAUCUUUUAUGUUGUUGAAUAAGGGAAGCUCUUCUUCCCCACCGAAAGAAACUAAAGACCAAGAACAUGUCGGUGCCUCUCUUCCCAUGCUCUAACAAUGGUUUGAGGAAUUCAGAGAAAAUAAAGGGGAAUUUAUUUUGCA